AUGUCCGCCCCCGCGCUGUCCCUCUACCGACGGUCGUUGAAGCAGUCGCUUGAUUGGGCUGUUGAUCGCCGUGUCUGGCGUGGCCAAGCUGUCUACAUUCGCUCGCUUUUUGAUGCCAACAAGGAUGUUCGCGACCCGCGCCAGCAGCAGGUGCUGUUUCAAGAAACAGAAAGGCUGCUAGAGAACUGGAAGCACCCUGAUCCCUACCGUCCACCAACCGCCCCCGGAGGAAACAAAUGGGAGAGAAAUCUGCCUGCUCCUAUUCUACCAUAUGCGGAGCCUCCCGCUGCCCACUAA